GAGAGAGAGAGAGAGAGGUUGGUGGUGGUGGUGGUGGUGGUGACUGGUGAAGGUGAUGACGAUGGACAGAGAGAAAGAGAGAGAGAUAGAGCUUGAGAGCGCAAUGUACACUAACUGCUUGUUGUUAGGGCUGGAUCCGGCUGUUAUCGGAGUCGGAGGCUCCAAUGGUACUCCUCGGGUCGGACUCUUCCGCCACUCCAACCCUAAAUUAGGCGAACAGCUCCUCUACUUCAUCCUCUCCUCCCUCCGUGGCCCAAUUCAAUCCACCAAAGAUUUCGACAAGGUCUGGCCAAUCUUCGACUCGGCACAAUCGAGGGAUUUCCGAAAGGUUGUGCAAGGGAUUAUUAGUGAGCUCGAAUCGCAAGGUGCGCUUCCGAGGAGCAAUUCGAGGGUUUCCUCGCUCGCUACGUGUUGUGGGCCGAGGUUUGUUGAACUCUUGUGGCAACUUUCUUUGCAUGCUUUGCGAGAGGUUCAUAGGAGAACUUUUGCAGCUGACAUAGCUUCUAAUCCACUGCCUGCAUCAUUGACAGAUGUAGCCUUUUCUCAUGCGGCUACGCUACUUCCUGUUACAAAGGCAAGGAUAGCACUUGAACGGAGGAGAUUUCUUAAGAAUGCAGAAACAGCGGUACAUCGACAGGCCAUGUGGUCAAAUUUGGCUCAUGAAAUGACUGCAGAGUUUCGUGGCCUUUGUGCUGAAGAGGCAUUUUUGCAGCAAGAGCUGGAAAAAUUGCAUGACUUGAGGAAUAAAGUGAAGUUGGAAGGGGAACUUUGGGAUGACCUUGUAUCUAGUUCAAGCCAGAAUUCCCAUUUAGUUGCAAAGGCUACUCGCUUGUGGGAGUCUAUAUUAGCUCGAAAAAGUCAACAUGAAGUUCUUGCUUCAGGUCCUAUUGAGGACUUGAUUGCUCACCGUGAGCAUAGGUAUCGCAUCUCUGCAUCGUCUUUGCUUGCAGCUAUGGAUCAGAGUUCUCAGGUUUCUUAUUCAGAUGUCUUGUCUGUUGAGCCUGGUGACCUUCAUUCAACAUGGAUGGAUGAAAAAGAGCAGAGUGAUGGAACACAUGUCAAUUCAAAUAGGGAAAAGCUGAAGAAGAAUGUAGACUCAUCCAAUUUACAAGUAAAUGAUGGAACACUUUCUCGAGUAGAUGAUAGGAGUGGAAGAGUUCAGCCCACCGUUGAUGUAGCUGAAAUCAUCAGGCGUUGGACACAUGCUUUACAGCGUAUUCAUAAGCAGUCACUUCAUCUGGCAAAAGCUAGUAAUGGGGAAGGCCCAGAAAUUUUACGAACCUCACAGGAUGGGGGUACAAGUGGCCACGCUGAGUCAUUAGCUGCAACUCUUGCUGAGCAUCAGCAACACUUGGCUAGCUUUCAGGUACUCAUUAACCAACUUAAGGAAGUUGCUCCGGCCAUACAGCAGUCAAUAUCAGAGUGUACAGAGAAAGUCCAGAAUAUAUCCUCUGCUCUGCCUUCCAUGACCAGACAUUGUAGCCAAUCAACCUCACCUCUUCAGGCUCAAAGCAGUGGAAGGACAUUGGAAAGUAGCACUGAUGAUGUUGCCGAGGUGACUACAAAAAUGUCUACCAUUCUGCUUGACAAGGUCUCAGCCAGUCCUCCUGCUUUAAAGCUCCCACAAUUGUUUAGCUUGACACCAAACUCUUCUGGAAAAGGUGGAAAUAUGCAAAAACGAAACACUUCGGCUCCUCAAACAAACCCAAUAGAAAACCAUCCUGAAAGGAAAUCUCAGGACCAGACUCUUACAAGUAAACAAGUUGAAAAUAUGCCUCAAGAUAGUGAUAAUACUUACGUUCAGAACUUGAAGAGAUCUGUAAGAGAAGCUGCUCUGUUGAUGAAAUCUUGUAAUUCAGAAUCAUUACGAAACAAUCAUUCUGAUGAAAGCUCUGAGCACUUCUUUGUACCUCUUUCAACAACUGGGUUCUCUCAUCUGGGUGCAGAAAACAAAGUGUCUUCUUUUAGGAGUAAAAGGUUGUUUGUAUCUCAAGCAGACAAUUCCUUGCUUGAGAAUCAAGCUCCUGAUGUCAGGAGCAAGUAUGAUGAGUUUCCAGACAUGUUAAAUGAUUUGGAUUCACUCAAUGAAUAUGACAGCGUAAAUGGGUUUCUCUCAGUCAGCGACUCAAAUUGUGCAACUUCAGAUGCACAAAGAUCAUUUUAUGACUUUGAGGAAUCUCAGGAGCAGGUCUUCUCACCUCCUUUGCUAAUGGACACAUCGCUAUUAGCAGAUUCUUACGAAGACUUGCUUGCUCCUCUGUCAGAAACUGAAUCGGCUUUAAUGGAGCAUUGAAACACAUGUUCGGGCAACUUUCCUCAUGUUGUCGAGCCCUGAUAAUUUGAUUGCUGUGGUGUCAUAUUCGUUCCUGUCAUUAUUAUUGAAUGACACGGUGUUUGUAGGAUGUCUCUUUUCCUUCAUGCUCUGUAAAUUCUGCCCAUUCAUUCGGCACAUUUCUUUAUCCCGAUUGUUUGAAGGGAACUAUGUGCCAAUUGCACCUGACAGAUGCCUGGAACGUGAGAUGGUCGGGUAACACAUUGGAAUGCUGACCUGGUCUCGGCAACCAAAAUCCACAGCCCAAUGGUAUGGUCGGAAACUUUGCUUGGCAUUUUGUUCUUUAAGGUUACCCAAGAAGAGAAAUGCGACCUCCCAUGUUCAAGUAGAAGGUGAAGUUUGGUUUUUAUCCUGAUUGGUGUAGCGCCGCAAAACUGCAUUCAGUUAGCAUCUUGUUUUAACUGUCUAGGUCGAUUGUUGAUGGACUGAUUACUAUGUGUUCGAGGGAUUUGUAAUGAAAAUGAACUUGAGAUAAUGUAUUCUGCGGAUACCACAGGAAUGAGAAAUUACUGUCUGUAACAGGUGGAUUAAUUUUAUUUAUAUGGUU